CUUUGCUUUUCUCUUCCAGGACAUGUCUCGAAAACAUCACACCUGGAAGGAGCAGAGUCCCUGGCUUUCAUCUCUGGUGGGGACUGGUGUGCCUGCCAAGGGCUUCCCCAUGAGUGCAGAUGAGCAGGCAGCACACUGGAACCCACCCCGUUGUGGUGUGCCAGACCUCCCGGUGCUGCCGGACGGCCAGAACGGGCGCAACCGGCAGAAACGCUUCGUCCUUUCCGGGGGACGCUGGGACAAGACUGACCUCACCUACAAAAUUAUCAGAUUCCCAUGGCAACUUGUAAAAACCAAAGUGAGAAGGACCAUCGAGGAGGCUUUGAAAGUCUGGAGUGAUGUGACACCGCUGACCUUUACUGAGGUUCAGGAGGGCCGGGCUGACAUUGUCAUUGAUUUCACAAGGUACUGGCAUGGUGACAACUUGCCCUUUGAUGGGCCCGGAGGGAUCCUGGCACAUGCGUUCUUCCCCAAGACGCAUCGGGAAGGAGAUGUCCACUUUGACUACGAUGAGACCUGGACGAUCGGGAACAACCUGGGCACUGACCUCCUCCAGGUGGCUGCUCACGAGUUUGGCCAUGUGCUGGGCCUGCAGCACACAACUGUCUCCAAGUCACUGAUGUCUCCUUUCUACAUCUUCCGCUACCCGCUGAGCCUGAGCGAGGAUGACAAGCAGGGUAUCCAGUACCUCUAUGGGAAACCCAAACUGGAUCCUGACCCAACCCCAACACAGCCAGCAGAGCUGCCCCAGCCAGACCUCGAAACAAACGAGAUCACCAACUUGGAGGCUGUGCAGCCCGAUGCCUGUGAGACAGCUUUUGAUGCCGCAGCCACCAUCCGGGGAGAGCUGUUCUUCUUCACAUCUCGCUACGUGUGGCGGCUCCGAGCUGGAAAGCUGCAGGCUGGUUACCCAGCUCUGGCCUCACGUCACUGGCAGGGGAUCCCAAGCUCUGUUGAUGCCACCUUCGAGGACCCUUUGGGCAAUAUCUGGUUUUUCCAAGCUUUUUUAGCAGAUAUCGAGGGGAGAAGAGAGAAGAAAGGGUCGCUUUUACUUCAGACACAGCCAAGAUAUGCCAUUCUCCUCCUCUGGAAUUGUUUUGAGCCCUCUGCUCUGGCCAUGCUGCUGGCAGAGGAGGAAGGAAAUACUUGUAACAUCUUUCUUGGGGAUGAAAACAGGAGAAGAAUGGCAGGUUCACUGGUGCCCACAGUCACUGAGUUUUGCUAGCAUCCCAAAACUGUGAGCCCACAAAGAAGGGAGCCUUUAUGCAGAGCCAGGCAACCUCCACCUACCACAGGGAUUCAACAUCAGCCACCACAGCAGGGUGAGACGUCCUGGACAACUUUGGAGCUUAAGACCAGCAAGGACUGCUGUUUCAGCUUCAUUGUUUUCUCUAAUGCUCUUUCCAUGUGUGUAUUAAAUAGCAGGGACACAGACCUGUAACUACGCCCAACUCCCCUGACUGUGCAUGCCCCAUCUGCGCACAAUGAGACCAAGCACCAGAAACCACACUAGGCAGCUCUGCAGGCAGAUUUACCACAAAAACAGAUUGCUUAGCACGUCACCUGCAGAUGAGGUUUACAGUGUGAAAAUUGGCAGGCUCCUACCAUGAAUUAAAAUGAGAUAAGGGGAAAGUAUUACAUGCCAUAGGGCAAUUGCAGAGACUCCUGUUUUAAUCUAAACUGGAAAUAUGUCCCCGGUCUCUGUUUCAGCUUGGCAACAAGAAAUGGAGCUCUGUAGCUUGCCUCUCUACAGUCACAUGUCCCCUGUAUGCCUGUGCAUGCCUACGUAUCAUCUCCUCCAGAUAAGCUGGCAGGGUAGGGGCUGAUCCCUGGGCCCUAUCCCAUGCAUGGUUGUAGCAAACAAAGAACGUGCCCCCCUUGAGCCAGUCCAUAACCCAUUUUGCUCCUCUGCACCCGCCUGGCUGCCCCAGGUCUCGCCACAAGAAUCAGCCUUUGUCUUGUCAAACUCUACAGCUUUGUGGAUUUCUUUAUCCAACGAUGGGUUCUUCUCCUUUUUCAGCAUAACCAGGGCAAACUCAAAGUUCAGGGCUGAUUCAACUGCCCUAAUGCAUCCUUGAAAACAACAGGCAACCCCAUCUGACUGGAGCAGCUAGAGAGAAACAUCCUUUCAAACGCACACAGGCCUCUCCAACACCACAACCAUGAGAGGCCAGGAAAGGCAGCCUGGCAGCUAGUAUGUAAAGUUAAAUCUUAUAUUAUAAAUUCCACAAAUACAGAAGAGACAGCUGCUAGGGGUCCUCCCAAUCCCACCACUGACAAUUCUGGGUUGAAUUGAGGGGAGAAUUGAAUUCCUUACCCGUUUGGUGAGCAUUCAUUAAUAGCUUUCCUUGGGAGCACUGCCCAGGCACCAGCUCGAGUCUGCAAUUCAGUGCCAAGUUAUCUGACAUCUAAGAACUCUGAACCUGUGUCUCCGCUUUUCCAUCUCCU